UACUGCAAACGAACGGUGCGCUCAAAUAUGCGCUCGCGCAGCAGUGUGAGGGGUGAACAGGGUGCUGAGGGUUGUAGCGCGUGCGGUGUUAAUACACACACAUACAUACACAAACUAUAAGAAGUCUACCUUUAUCUAACUUUGGAGCUGAGUUAGUAUCCACACACCAGUGCAACGUGAAGACUCAAAAAAGGCAGACACAAAAUGUUGUGUGUGCGGAAUUCGGGUGACUGCUUGAGGGACCAGAUGCGAUACAUGAUUCGCUCGAUGCAGGACCUGAAGCAGCUGCGGGAGCCCGGCGAACCCAGCAAGCGCUCUUAUGCAGUGACACGCGCUUGCCAUCGUAGAGCGAAACAGCGGGAACACCUGGCCCGGCUGCGGAUCUCUCAGUCCAGCGAUGGCAGCACUUAUGACUCAGCUUGCUGUCUGGCGAGUCCACUGGAGGAAGAACAGGACGAGGAAGAUACAGUUGGUCAUCUGCCUCAGGGUUCACCAUGUAGUGUGAAGAGCGUGGACUUCGAUUCAGGAUAUUCAGAGGCAUCUUGGCAAGAUGAGGGUGUGGUUCUGCGCCGCACAAGGAACGUACGGGUUUCGUCCUCUGCCUGUGUCCGCACUAACCGCAUUCGGCCCAAAUCGACCUCGGAUGCAUGUCUGGAACGCUGGACCUCAUUUGAGGCCAGUGAACCUGAGGACUGGACCGCAUCCCUUUUGACUAGAGGCCGCAACAGGCAGCCUCUCGUGCUGGGAGACAACAGCUUUGCCGACCUCAUUAAAAACUGGAUGGACCUUCCCGAAUGUCCUGACGUGACUGAUGUAAAACCAAACUCAAGCAGCAAACUAGCCAGAGACUUUCUGGUUAACGUGAGACGGAAACUAGCCAUCAUGUCUAAGGGAAUAGACGGGCGAGGAAAGUCUGCUGAGCCUUGCACAAAGCGGAUGUCAUGUCCUGUAGGGUUUCAGAUUCCAAAGCCUUUCUUUCACCAGUCACACACUGGACUGCACCAGAUGGAAACAGACUUUUACCAGUUCAGUGCCCUCAUGAAGAGUGGGAGCAGACAGCCUAUUAUAUGCAAUGACAUUAUUGGCUACAUCUAAGGCCUUGCCAUAAAGAAGGAUGCUAAAACUGGAUAAUAAUUUGCAUAAUUAUUUUUUAUAAAGGUAUGUGUAAAUAAAAUGUAAAGCAGAAUAAAUGUUUUUGGAAAAUAGAA